CACCGCGAUCGCAGUUCGAAUAGUUCGGAUCUAAAUUUAAACGACCUCGCUAUGCGCCCGCGCACUAUACGCCGCGCAAAAAUCAAACGUAGCACAUAUUAUAUUUUUCGAACCCGACCCUUCCGAUACCCGGUGUGAUCCCUGAGGAUAUCAUAUCCUGGACAUUCCUGAUGAAAAUGUUGAAGUGAUGUGAUUUUGAAUACGGCAAAAUGAAGUUUACUAUUGACGUUCUCGGGGUGUUUUUGAAAAUUGUUAUUAGGGUGAACAAAGCAACCUUCGCACCGCUAGUGGUAUCAACUCUAUUCAUCCUCCUUACAUCCAUACUAGCACAUUGCGCGCGGCGCCUGGUACAGAGCGUAGUUAAGGACCCGUUUGUAAGGGUUCUGUUUGAGGAAGCGAUCGCUGCUGCGGAGUUGUGUGGCUGCUGUUUUGAACUGAUUAUUGUGGCAGACAACUUCGGUGUAGCUACAUACGCGGUAUUCCUGUUUCUAUUGACAAUAUGGUGGUCACUAAAUUGGGGGGAAGCCACGGCGUGCCCGUACACACAUAUCGAAGAUAUUAUUGAAGGAAGGACCGACAUUCGUAAAGCAGUACUAAAAACAUGGGCGGAGUUGGGCGGCGGUCUGCUAGUCUUCAAAUACGUUCAAAUGUACUGGGCUCUUGAAAUCUCUGAUACACACAAGGAUAAGGCUAUUGAAGACUGUACGGCUGAUUUACAGGUGCCAGUGCUCUAUGGUGCCUUAGUGGAAGGUGUAGCCACUUGUAUGUGCAGACUAGCAUCCAGGGCCUUGGGAGACAUCAACCCACGCUUCGCCACUGCGAUCGACGCUUUUGUCGGCACAUCUCUUGUUGUGGCUGGCGCUCUAUUAAGAGGCACGAUUUACAUCUUUAGCUAUCAAGACGAUAGCCCAAAUGCCGACAUCAGCUUGUCUGUUACUUGCAAAGUCAAUUUAGGAAGAGCAUUCGAAUAUUCCGGUGGUUAUUUCAACCCCGUCCUAGCAACAUCGUUGAAAGCCGGCUGCCACGGCCACACGCUAACUGAGCAUGCCACAGUAUACUGGGCUGGAGCAUGUGCGGGGUCCAUCAUGUCCGUAUAUCUGUACAAACUGCCAGCUAUACAACAAUUCGUGAAAGGCACGACUGAAACCGAAGUCAACGGAGACAGCAUUUGGGCGGGAAAAGAAGAUUAAAAUUGUAUUUCCAAACUUAUUUGUUUUGAAUCGAAAUUCCGAUGUAAAUACUGUCAAACGUCGAUGUGGGAUUGUUUUUGUUGUGUGCGGGAGUUGCCAGUAAAUAAACAAAUUUGAAAAUAUAUUUCGUGCAUUCGAUAAAAUUAUUUCAACCGCAAAUAAAUAUUCCGUUUAAAUCCAACGUUAAAUGAAAUUCUUUAAUUUUUUAUUUAACCAAUCAGUAUUUUAUAUUCGUUAUAUUGAUCGUAUUUUAUAUUACAUCGAAUUUACUGUAUGUAUUAUUGUCUAGUCAUUGUUGAUUGUAUCUUUAACUAAAAUAUAAUAAGUGCUACGUAUUAUUGUAAAUAAAUGGUUAAAUUGUUA